GCGCAUGCGCGUGGGAGUCGGGGUCGCUGCGGUUACCGACGGUUUCCCGUGUGAAUGAUUUAGAGGGGUACAAGAAAAUGGCCGCGGCCGCGAGAAGCAGAGUGGGGGCAAGGCCCUGACUGGACCGCAGAGGGGACUUCCUGCGCCGGAGGGUGGCGUGAGCGCGCUCGUGGCCCAGGCGCCCUGCGAACCAGACUCCGCUUCCUCCCCGCAGCCAGCGCCUCGGCCCCGCAUCCGCCGGCCCCGCCUGACUGGAGUGAAAGGGAAGCGGCGAGACAGGUGUGGAAAAAUGGCAAAGAGAAUUGCAGAGAAGGAGUUGACUGACAGAAAUUGGGAUCAGGAGGAUGAAACUGAGGAGGUGGGAACUUUCUCUGUGGCUAGUGAAGAAGUCCUGAAGAACAGAGCUAUUAAGAAAGCAAAGCGCAGAAAUGUUGGGUUUGAGUCUGACAAUGGAGGAGCUUUUAAAGGGUUUAAAGGUUUUGUUUUACCUUCUGGAAAAGGAGGUGGUGGCUUCACUGGAUUUGGUAAUGGUACAGAAAUGAAGCCUUUAGGAGGGCUGUCGAAUGGAAGCAGUGGUAUUUCUAGUACUCCCUCUUUCACUAGUGUAAAGACUGUUCCUGAAGUACAGCCUGCAUUUGGAUCCGUGACAUCAAAUGGUCCCACCACCACAAUGGUUGAGAAAAAGGCUUCAGGCACAAAAGCUAAUGGUGGCAGUCAACAAUCCUCAUCUUCUGGUUACACUCAAAAUAAAAUGUGCAGCUCUAGUGUUUAUCACAAACAGUUAGCUGCUCUAAACUGUUCUGUACGUGACUGGAUAGUAAAGCAUGUAAACACAAAUCCACUCUGUGAUCUUACACCCAUAUUUAGAGACUAUGAGAAAUAUUUAGCAAGCAUUGAACAACAUCAUGGAAGCAGUAGUGAUAGUGGCUCUGAAAAUGAAAGCAACAAAACAACUGGAACUCCGUCUGUUCCUAUGUUUGGGACUUCGAAACUUCAGCAAGGAUCAACAUUUUUGUUUAACAGCAACAAAACUGAGGAUGAAUCAGACAAGAAAACUGAAUCUACAUCGGAAAAGAACAGGGAAUCGCCAUUAGGAGUUGCAUCAAAUGUCUCAUUUAAUUUUGGCAAGAAUGUUGAUAGUUCUAUUUUGGGUUCACUUGGUUCUGGCACACUAACUAGUUUUUCAUUCUCCCCUGGGAAUUCGGGUGUAUUUGGAAAAGAUGCAAAGCAGGGAAAGUCUGUCUCCACGCUUUCCACCAGGGUAUUGGAAGCUCAGACAGAAAGUGGAAGUAGUGAGGAUAAAGGAGGAGAUGAAGCAGAGGAAGAGCCACCAAAAACAGUUGUUAACGAGGUAAAAGAAGAUGAUGCCUUCUACUCGAAGAAGUGCAAACUGUUCUACAAAAAAGAUAAUGAAUUUAAAGAAAAGGGUGUAGGAACGCUGCAUUUAAAACCUGCAGGAAAUGAAAAAACUCAACUGCUGGUACGGGCAGACACCAAUUUAGGUAACAUACUAUUGAAUGUGUUGGUUCCACCCAAGAUGCCAUGCACAAGAACAGGAAAAAACAACGUUCUUAUAGUCUGUGUUCCCAAUCCACCAAUUGAUGAGAAGAAUUCCACUGUCCCUGUCACUAUGUUAAUAAGAGUGAAAACAAGUGAGGAUGCAGAUGAGUUGCACAAAAUUUUACUGGAGAAAAAGGAGGCCUAAAAAUAUUGCAGUCAAAUGCUCUGAGAAAUUACUGCUAAACUGCUGCUACUCAUUUUUUCUUUAACUGCUUAACUCUCUACUCUGACAUUCUAAGAACUGUUACAGGAAUUCUGAAAAGCUUUUGUGAGGAAAAGCAAAAAUGGCUAAUAAAAGCUUUAACUGAACACGAGUCCAUCUGUCCUCCCUCCUUUUUUGGAAUAUCAAAUGUAUGAACCAUAUUUGGAUAAAAUUUGUACAUUUAAAUUAAAGUGAUUGCUGGAUGGACUGAAAUCAAAGUACAAAAUGUUGUACCACAUGUUUUUCACAGGCUUUAAGGUGAAGUGCAGCAACCUCCUUUUUUUGAACAGGGAGGAGGCUAAAUUGUUUAACUCUUGAAACUGUUUCUAGACCGAAUAGAUUGAUUUUGUAUUUAAAAAAAAAAGUGUCUGCUAGCUUCUGGUAAGGGAUCUAAUCUUUCGGACUGUCACCUGAAUAAUCAUGUAUCUGAAUAACAAUGCUUCUGUAGAUUCUUUUUAAAUUAAGAAAUUUGAUGUACUGUUGGGAUUCAGAGACUGCAUCUGUGGUUCCUCAAAGCAAAUGAUUUGCUUGCAUUAUUCCUGUUGACUUUAAUGUUGCUCUGCUGCAAACAAUUCAGUUUUGUUGUGCUUACUGUUGCAGCAAGCUAAUGGUGUGCAAUAGUAUCGGCAGACAACUGGAAGACUAUUAGCUCUCAACCCACAACCAGACUGGCCCUAUAAUUGGUUAUCUUGUUGACAGAGCUAGAGGCCAAGGGAGGAGACUCCAAUACUUUCUCUCCUAGAAGUAUUCUUCCCUACUCUCUCCAGGUUAUGGUUGAGACACAUCAACAGCAGAAGCAAUUUGGUGGAGGAAACUGGGCAAGGCAGAUACAUGCCCUGUCUGUUAAUAAAAUGUACUAAGCGUGUCUCAUGAGCAUCAAAUUAAGUUUUAAAAAAUAUCUUUGUGCUGUAAGUGUCUCCUGACAUGGCCAAGAGUCUGUGUGUAAACUUGGGUACUAUACUAUUAAAUAUUUGUCUUUGUGAUGUGAUAAAGCAGCAGAAUACUACUUGCUGGCAUCAAAUAUAGCAGUAGGGUUGGCUGCAGUGUUCUAUCUUUUGGACUACUGAAACAUCUUAAAGUGUGAGUAAAGUAUUUAGUGUUAACCUGGAAGGAAGCUCGGAUGCUGUAUAGACAUACCCAUUUUAAAUGUAAAUUGGUGCCUUUUUUGCAUUUGGUUUUGUAUUUAGCCACUAAAGUAAGUGUGUGUGUGGGGGGGUUAGUUUCCUCAGUUUUUUUUUUUCCGAAUGUCAUGCUGGUACAUAGCUCAGAGGUCGGAACUUAAAUGUUUGCAUGUUAAUUCUGUGAAUGAAAAUCAUAAUGUGUACAAGUUUUUACAGGCUCAGGUUGAAGGGCCAAGGGCUGAAAUAAUUUUGCAUUUGUUUUUAGAAAACAGUAUCUUAAUAAAUAAAUUUCAGUGAAGAAAUUGUUUUGUAGGCUGCCAGUCACUGCAGAUGGAGGGGAAUAAUCUUUUGUGAUGAACAGAUCGCUCAUUAUGCACCUCACACUUUAAGAGCAAUUGUAUAUUAGACGGUUAGAGGUAUUGUGCUUGGUACUUGUUUACUUCCUCGUGUGCAAAGAGGUGUAGUAAUGUACUUUCCAUCAAUUGCAAUAUGGACCAAUAAACAAGAUGCACAGAAAUUCAUUAGGAGAAGCAAAUGUAACUAACUUUCCACGUGCCCCUUGCACAGCUAUCCUGAGUGAUGUUUGCCUCUGAAAUGAGUGAAAUCUGGGACUUUUGUAUGUGCAUGUUUUGGCUUGCUCUUGAAGCCGGGUAGGCUAAGUAGAAGAGGCCAAUGAAUGGUCGUGCUGUAACUGUGAUUACAAGAGUUGUUUAAAACAUUGUUUAAAUUGUGAUUGUAUGUUUGAGGGUAGGUGUUGAGGACAGGAAGGAGAAUGGGACAGAUGCUACUUAAUGAAAAUCUAAUAUGCUGGAAACUUUGUACCCCACAAUGCCCAAGCUGGCAAAUGCACACAUUUUCUAUUGUAGUUUGGGAAACAAUGAGUAAAGGAGGUGUUUAUUCUUUAGCUAAGCAUGUAUUGGUAUCAGUAAAUGGCAUAGAGAAUCACAUGGGAGAGAUGGGAAUAGGUAAGUAUAUACUCACAUCUUUACAUUAGGUUACCCUAUAAAGUCUCCCUUAAAAAGAAAAGUAUAUGUAUGAAAUGUCUUAGGUCUAAUAAUAUUAAAAACAGUGUUUUUCAUUUAAGAUGGUAAUCCUACACAGUUUUUAUUACAACAGAUCUUUGCUGUUAACAUUUUAAAACAAAAUUAAACAGGGAAAAGUGAUAGAGAUUUGACCGGUGUAAAAUUGAUCUGUCUAAUUAAAAGUUCUAUGCAUCUUAUAUUGACUUCAGUUAUUUGAAUUGUGAGAUGGGGAGAACUUAAAUAUUUACUUUUUUACUUGUGUUCAGUUGUACAGCACAAAUUAUUUUGCUCCCAGAGUUAUAAAAAUGAAUGUUUUGGCACUAUGGUUUGAUUUUUGUAGUUCAUAGGGCACUUUCGGAGGGAGACAACUAAAAAGUAGAUUCUGGGAUUAAUCUACAGAUGUCAAAAUCUGGGGAUUUUAUUGUUUGUUUGCAUGAAAAAUUAACUAGAAAUUAAGCUCUAAAAACUUAUUAAAACAAAUAUAAAAAUAGUUUUAGACAAUUACCAUUAGGGUGUCUGUCAUAUGCUACUUAAUUAUAAAAGAUUGUCUUAUUUAGAAUUCUAAUUCAAUAAAUAAUUUUUGUAUCUUGCCUUGUAGAUAAGCAUUGCUGUCUUCUUUCCAGAAGUAUGGGGAAUAAACAGGAAGAACUAGAAAUACGAGUGAAUAAUCACAACUGUGAUAUAGUUGGCAUCACAGACUUGGUGGAAUAAUACACAUGACUGGAAUAUUUAGUAUAAAAGGGUACAGCUUGCUCAGGAAGGACAAGUGGGGGGAAAGGGAGGAGGUUGUUGCCUUGUAUAUCAAAGAUGUAUACCCUUGAGGUUGAGAUGAAAAUAGAAGACAAGACUUGUUGAAAAUGUCUGGGUAAGGAUAAAAGAGGUUAAAAAAACCAAUCAAGGGUGAUGUCAUGGUAGGGCUCUACUAUAGACUUCCUAAUCAGGAAGAAGGUGGAUAAGACUUUUUGAUGGUGGACUUCGCAAAUGUCUGUUGGGAAAAUAAUAUAGCUGGGCACAGAUUAUCCAACAAGUUCUUGGAAUGCACUGGAAACAGUCUUUUGUUUCAGAAGGUUGAGAAAGCAACUAGGAGAGACUUCUAGAGUUGAUUUUUGAUAAAUAGGGAGGAACUGGAUGAGAACUUGGAAGUGGAAGGCAGCUUGGGUCAAAGUGAUCAUGAAAUGAUAGAGUUUGAGAUUCUAAUGAACAGGAGGGAAAACAGCAAAAUAAAGAUAAUGGAUUUCAAGAAGGCAAACUUCAGCAAACUCAGGGAAUUUGUAGGUAAGAUGCCAUGGGAAUAAGUCUAAGAGGAAAAACAGUUCAAGAGAGUUGUCUCUGAAAAACUACCAUUAAGGGCACAAGUGCAUAUUAUUCCACUGCAUAGAACGUAUGGCAAGAGACCAUGCUGGCUUAACCAGGAGAUCUUCAAUGAUCUGAAACUCAACAGUAUCCUACAAAAAGUGGAAACGGAGUCAAGUUAUGAAGGAUAACCAUAAAAUAAUCCAAAAGCCAUGUAGCAACAAAAUUAGAAAAGCCAAGGCACAAAAUGAGAUUAAACUAGCUCAAGACAAAGGGUAACAAGAAAACAUUCUACAAUACAUUAGAAGCAAGAGGAAGACCAAGGACAGAGUAGACCUGUUUCUCAGUGAGAGGGGAAAGGCAAUAACAGAAAAUGUGGUAAGAGAAGAGUUAGAUGCCUUUGUUUUCACCAAAAAGGUUAGUCGCAAUUGGACAUCUAACAUAUCAAAUGCCAGUGAAAAUGAGGUAGGAUCUGAGGCUACAACAGAAUGAAGAGGUCAGAUGUGUUCAAGUCAGCAGGGCCUGAUGAAAUACAUUCUAGAAUACUCAAGGAGCUGACUGAGAAGAUCUCAGCCAUUAGUGAUUUAUCUUCAAAAACUCAUGGAAGAUGGGAGAGAUUCCAGAAGACUGGAAGAGGGCAAAUAUAGUGCCAAUAUAUAAAAAGGGGGAUAAGGACAACCUGGGGGGGUUACAGACCAGUCAGCUUCACUUCAGUACACAGAAAGAUAAGGGAGCAAAUCAGUUUGCAACCACCUAGAAGAUAAGGUCAUAAGUAACCGUUAGCAUGAAUUUGUCAAGAACAAAUCAUGUCAAACCACCCUAACAGCUUGCUUUGACAGGGUAACAAGCCUGGUGGAUAUGGGGGGGGGGGAAGAGGGGGAAGCAGUAGAUAUGGUAUAUCUUGACUUUAAUAAGGCUUCUGAUACUGUCUUGUAUGACCUCAAACUAGGGAAGUAUAGCCUAUAUGCAACUACUAUAAGGUGGGUGCAUAACUGGAUGGAAAACUGUUCCAGAGAGUAGUUAUCAGAGGUUCACCUUAAAGCUGGAAGGACAUAAUGUGUGGAGCUCUGCAGGGGAUCAGUUCUCGGUCAGAUUCUGUUCAAUAUGAUACACGAUUUUAGAUAAUGGUAUAGAGUGUGCUUAUAAAAUUUGUGGACAAUACUAAGCUGGGAGGAGUUGCAAGUGUUUUGGAGGAUAGGAUUAAAAUUCGAAAUGGUCUGAAGUAAAAAGGAUACAAUUCGAUUAAAAAAUGCAAAGUAUUCCAUUUCGGAAGGAACAAUCAGUUGCACAUGUACAAAAUGAGAAAUGACUAGGAAGGAGUAUUGCAGGAAGGGAUCUGAGGUUUACAGAAGAUCACAAACUGAGUCAGAGUAACAUUGUUGCCAAAAAAAAAAAA